GAGGUCUCCGUCCCUGUUCAAGAGAGCUGUACAGUAAAGGCUUGUUCGCAGAAGAAUCCUGUUGCCGCGCGUCGUUCUGCGCGACAUCUCCACAUCACUUAGUUUAAUCUAUAGAAGAGGCUUUUGAAGCAACACAAGACUUUCGGAAAUCAUCAGCUCAUUGCAUGAGGAUGGAGACUUGGGUAAAGGCUAUGGAAUCUAAAACAUCCCUAAGUAUUGAAGAAAAUACUGAGGGAAAUUCACACUAUGCCCAAGGUAUUGGACUCCAGAUUUGGGUGCUCAGAAGCAUCUUCAACCUCUACAACAAACCUUGCCCGGGGUUUCAGUAGGCCAUCCCUGAGUGGUUUCCAGACAAUCCUCUCCCCUACACGGAGAGCGCCCUCGUGUGGCCAUAAUUUUGAGGCUAGAAGACCCUGCGACCUUUUACAGAAACUUCCUGGAGAUCUGAGUCUCAAAGCAAUGUCAAGUGCUGGCACAGAGUCUGAGUGCUUCCCAAAUCCAGGCAAACACAGAUGCGCCCUCUUCUUUUAAGGGAUGGUGGACUCUGACUCGCGAUACAAGUCUCCAGCUUGACUACAGAGCUAGUUUGUAGCUUCCAUUUGUGCUGGAACUUCACUCCUUCUGGAACUAGCCGAAGAACAUUCCACAAAUAAUACGGGAGAGGAGCCAGAACCACCCAGGGUAUUGUCCUGGGAAGACAAAGAGGUCACCGAAGUCAAAAUAGAUGGGGCAUUUAAGUGGUUUGUUCUGCAUCUGUGUGAUUUAGUGAGGAACAAAGGUUUGUUCAGUACUUCUCAUGCUCCUGUAGCUUUCCAUGGUCAUCUGGUUUCUACAGUUUCUCCAAGAUUUCCAAGUGUAAGAACAGCUAAGAAUUCUGGAGGUUAGUGAUUUAUGCCAUUAUGUUUUUUUCCCCCAUUUGUUUUGUAAUUUUAAACAGCAUCCUUCUCUGUAACCCAAGUGUGCUGCAAUCCUCUCUCCUAAAUUCUGAGAUUACAGGUAUUCUGCUUAUAAGUGCGUUGAUUGGGGGCUGGGGCUGGGGAGGGGAAUAAAGGUGCAGAUUUGCAGAUCGCACAGGGAUAGGGUCUGCCUUUUAAGGACACACUUCCUACACGGUGUGGUUUCUCUACACUCAUUAAUACUUACUCUAGUCGUCAGCCUGGUAUUUGGAUAGCGCUUGUGUUCAGAUUUUUGUUUGCUUGUGAUACAGGGGGUAGAACCCAGGGCCAAACAUUCUACACUGAGUGUGUAGCCAGCUGCAUUCGGAGUCUGGAUGUCAGUCCUCCUGUGCUUCUCUCCUGGUCUGAGUACUAUCAACACUAGAGCCUCUGAGGCUACAGCAAUGUGCUUAGGGGUUGGUACUUAGCGUUUUCUAUGGUUAUGAGAUGAAACACCAUGGCCAAGAAGCAAGUCAGGAAGGAAAGGGUUCAUUUAGCUCACAUUUCGUAUCACUCACUGCUCAUCAUUGAAGGAAGUCAGGACAGGAAUCAAACAGAGCAGGGACCUGGGGGGCGGUAACGGAUGCAGAGGCCAUGGAGGGGUGCUGCUUCCUGGUUUGCUCCUCCUGGCUUGCUCAGCCUGUUUUCUUAUAGAACCCAGGAGCACCAGCCUACAGGUGGUACUACCCACAAUGAGCUGGGCUCUCCCCCCAUCAAUCACUAAUUAGGAAAAUGCCUUACAGGCUUGCCUAGAACCUGACCUUAUGGAGGUAUUUUCUUAAUUGAGGCUCCCACCUCUCAGAUGACUCUAGCUGGUGCCAAGCUGACAUAAAACUAUCCAGCACAGAUACAAAGACCAGAGACUUGAAGUUCUUGCUCACCCUCGUGGUCAGAGGACAACUUGGGGUAAGUCAGAUUUUUGCCUUGCUCCAUGCAAGUUCUGGGAUUCAGACUCAGGUGGUCAGGCCUGAUGGAGAAUGCGUUUAACCAUUGGUUUUUGUUCGCUGUUGUUUGUUUGAUUAAACAUGGAGGGGAAAAAAAACCCGCAAGCAUUGAAAACCAUAUCGAGGGGUUGGGGAUUUAGCUCAGUGGUAGAGCACUUGCCUAGCGAGCACAAGGCCCUGGGUUCGGUCCCCAGCUCCAAAAAAAAAGAAAAAAAAAAAGAAAAAAGAAAAAAGAAAAGAAAACCAUAUCGAGGGUGAUUACCAGAAUCCUGCUAAAAGACAAUGUCUGCAAGAAAUCAUCGUGGUCCGUGGACUGGUUUUGUUCUACUAACAUGAAUCUGGGCACAAGUGGCUUCUACUUAAAUCUGUCUCCUCUUUUUUCCUUCUCUUCCCUUCCUCCUUUUUUCUCUCCACUCUCUGGCCUGCUCUCUUUCCUUCUGGACAAAAUAUCUAUUUUGCUUACAGUUUUGGAUGUUUUUACUCACUCGUGUCAGGGAGGGUGUCCUAUGGGAAAACAGAGCAGCUCGUCAAAACUGAUGUGCAGGAAAUAGUGGAGCAGUAACAGGAAGCGGCCUAGACAAGAUGUAGUCUCCAGAUACGUAUUACCAGUGGCCUAUUUCCUCCAACCAGGCCCUAGCUUCCACGACUCUAUCUCCCAUUGGAUCAGUCUAUUCAAACUUUAAAUCCAUAAAUGAAUUAAACUGUUCACUAGGUUGGAAACUCUAUGGCUAGAGAUACCUUCACACACACACACACACACACACACACACACACACACACACACACACACACAGAGAGAGAGAGAGAGAGAGAGAGAGAGAGAGAGAGAGAGAGGGAGGGAGAGAGAGGUGCUUUACCAAUCUCUAAAGCUCAUUGAAUUGAUUGUUGAGACAGGGUCUCAUAGUCUAAGCUAGCCUGGGACUGACUGUGUAGCCCAGGAUGAUCCUUUGCUUAAAGUUUGGUGUUUUCUUGUCUCAGCCUUUUAAGUGCUGUGAUUAAGAAUUAUGUCUGAUAGGGCUGGAGAGAUGGCUCAGCGGUUAAGAGCACCCGACUACUCUUCCAGAGGUCCUGAGUUCAAUUCCCAGCAACCACAUGGUGGCUCAUAACCAUCUGUAAGGAGAUCCAAUGCCCUCUUCUGGUGUAUCUGAAGACAGCUACAGUGUACUUAUAUAUAAUAAAUGAAUAAAUCUUUAAAAAAAAAGAAUUAUGUGUGACUAUAUCUGGCUCCCUAUCCAGAUUUCUCUAUAGCGUGAACCUAAACUCUGGCAGGGAAUCAAUGACACAUAUCUAAUGGCUUCCUGGUUAAGAUAAUAGUCUUAUGUAGCCCAGGCUAGCCUUGAACUCACUAUGUGGCUGAGGAUAACUUUCCCCCUCUCAUCUAUCUUUCAAGUGCUAGGGUGAUAGGCAUGUGCCACCACACAUGAGAGACGCUCUCUUUAGUAGUGGAUACAAUGUUCUGUGUUCUCUAAAUCGAGUUGUCUCUGGAAAACGUGGUGUAGAGGUGCUACAACCGGAGAGAUGGCAAACCUAGCGCUCUGCAGAGUGUAGCUAACUGAAGAUUUACAGACAGAAGCAUUGCUUAGACAUCAGCAAAGCAGGGGACUCCUGCUGCUCCGAGGCGGGAAGAAGGAUGUCCAGCUAGACAUAAGCAGUGGGCUAGCAUGGACCUGGGCCUUCUCAAAGGUUCUUAGCCCAUCAAACAUCAGCUGGGAAAAGCCUAGGUGCCAGUAGUGUGGCCAGCAUGAAGUGCUGAACCCUUGGAAGGGCUUUCUUUUUCCUAUAGUGUUAGAAUGAGUGCCAGGGCUACCUGCUGGGCAAAAUGGUGUUUACAACCCAGUGGCUUCAGUCAUAUCAGCUAGAUCCCUAUUCCUACAUCAAGAACUAAGGACCAGAAGCCAGGCACAGCAGUAUACGUGCAAUCGCAGAAUCGAGGGGGUUUUGAAUUCAAGGGCAGCAUAGGCUCCACAGUGAGUUCCUAGGAAGACCUGUCUCUAAGUAAGUAUAUUUUACACACACACACACACACAUUAUUUAAAGUUUAAGAUCAACGUAAGUACGGUUGCGCAGUUUUGUAAAUGAGGUAAUUUUAAGCUAGGGCAAGAAACUGUUCAUUAUUGACAGGAAAGCGUGUUCUUUUGACCUCACUGUCCGCCUGUUUCAUGUAAAUUUCUUCAACCUCGUACCUUCUGUACUUACCUGUCACUCUCCCCACCUACUCUUGUGCUUUGACUGCCUGAGCCCCACAGACAUGGGCUAGGUGUUAUCACUUCAAUUGAACUUAUUAAAAGCAAAAAAAAAAAAAGAUUACGGAGACUGAAGUGAUUUUGGUACGUGAAACGCUAAUGAGACUUGACCCUGGCGUGAUACCUAUGUGGUGUCUGUAUCUUGGUUUUGUUUUGUUUUGUUUUGUUUUAAUCAUUAUUUUUAUUCUCAUGUGCCUGUGGGAGUGUUUCCCACAUAUGGGAAGUUGCCAAAAGAAGAGUGUGAGGUCCCCUGGCUACAAGUCCUUGUGAACUGUCUGUCUGUACUAGGUCGCCUGGAAUAUUCCUUAACUACUGAGCCAUCUUGUAACUACAGUCUUUUAAGUCUAAUGCGCUUUCUUGGUUUUUACUUUACCUAAGCUGUUGUCCAUGGCUCAUUUUACUUGUCUGCGAAGUGUUUUCCUUUGGUCUCACUGGUCUCACCUUAUUGUGUGUGUGUGUGUGUGUGUGUGUGUGUGUGUGUGUGUGUGCCCUUGCGCUCGUGUGUGUGUUUCAUUUGUUUUUUAUUGUGUAGCCCAGGCUGGCCUGGAACUCAUUUUCACCUACCUAGUGCAGAGAAUUAGAGAAAUUGAGAUACACGGCCCUCCUAUUCUCCACCCCUGCUCCCAUCCCCCAACCCCAUCCCCCACCCCAGGAGUAGAUGGAAUCAGGGAAAUGGAAUUUCCUAGCGCAGCUGAGACCAGUGAAGACCGACUGUAGGCGGGACGAGAAGGCGUGGCAUGCGGGCAUUGGGCUUCUUCAGAUCUAAAUUUCUGACCUUGGCAGACAGCCACUCGAGGUGUGUUACCUGCGGAUGGAGCAGAGCGGAAGCGGAGGGACUAAGUAGCGGAUUCCUGACUUCGGGCUCGGGCCCCUUCCUGGGUUCACGCCGCUGCCUUCUGGUCUGGGCUGGAACGCGCCCAACCCUUUGUGGGGCUGUGGUCUGAGGCAACGGCUCAGAAGACGAGCACCGGGGACGGCGGGGCUGCCGAGCCCCGAGUAGGGCUGUCGAACGCGGGCUUCCUGGACCAGAAAAGAACAAUCAGAUUUCUAGAAGUGGGCACCAACAAAUAGUGGCUAGAAGCAGUCUGGAGUAGAAGUCAAACACCUAGGACCAGCCUGGCAUUCCCAAACAAUGGCAGCUAAGAAACAGUCUAAGUCUGCCAAGGCGUUAAGGACAACAGUCAGAUAUGAGGACGUGGCAGUGUCUUUCACCCAGGAAGAAUGGGAAUAUCUGACUUCUACACAGAAGACCCUUUACCAAAAAGUGAUGUCAGAAACCUUCAAGAACCUGACAUUUGUGGAAAGCAAGAAGAAACCUCAAGAACCUAACCCAAAUCUGAAAGAUAAGGAUGAUGAUAAGUCCUCCACUUGCACAGGGGUAUUCAAAGGUGGACCAUUCUUUUUCUGUCUCACCUGUGGCAAAUGUUUCAAAAAGAACACCUUCCUCUUUAAUCACCAGUUUCCUGUGAGGUCCCGGAGGCUGGCGGUCACAAAGCCGCAAAGCCGCAAAGCCCUCGGUCAUAAGCCCCAGCAUCGCGGAGACAGGCCUUUCUUUUGCAAUCUCUGUGGCAAGACUUAUCGUGAUGCUUCUGGACUGAGCCGUCACCGACGUGCUCACGUAGGUUAUAGGCCCCGUUCCUGCCCUGAGUGUGGAAAGUGCUUCCGGGAUCAGUCUGAGGUCAACCGCCACCUGAAGGUACACCAAAACAAGAAACCAGUGGCUGGCAGCCACGUGAAAGUACACCAAAACAAGCCAGUGGCUAGCAACCAGAAGCAGAAGGGUAGGGUUCCACCUACAACACGUGAAUCCCCAGCGCCAGCCCUCAGGCAUCUGAAAGUGAUCCAGGGACCAGUGGCCAGGGCUAAGGCACGGAGCAGCAGAGCUUCAUCCCUGGAGGUCAGAUCCACCUCAGUUACAGUGGCCCGCCCAAGAGAAAAGGUCUAUUGUCCCUAUUGCCGGAUCACUUUUACCAUGAGAACCUGUCUCUUGAACCACCUCAAGAUCCACUUCCGGCGUCAACCCAACCAGCACUUCUGUUGCAAAGAGUCCCACUCGUCCAACACACUCAGGAUGCAAAAGAUCUACAAUUGCCCCGUCUGCGACAGCUCCUUUAGGGGGAAGGAGAGCCUGCUGAAUCACUUGUGCUCCCGAAGACCAAUCAGGCUCAGUAAAUGCUGGGAAAUCCUGGGUCAUCUGCUUGGCUAUCUUCGUGAACCCUUGGGAAAUAUUUUUAAAGUAAGGGAAUCCAGGAAGAGAAGACGGAAACGCAUAAGCAGUGAUAGUUCUGAAACAGAAGGCCCGUCUGGGAGUGAUGAGGUGAUGGAGGUUGACACCGACUCUGACCUCUCCUGAGUUUGAACCCUGAGACCCCUGUGGCAGAAGGAAAAACCUAAUUCUUGGCUUCACACAUGCCCGUGCACGACCCCCUCUCCCCACCUCACAGCAUAAAUACAAUUUUUAAAACUAAAAGAAGUGAGGGUGGGGUCUAACUGAGGUCUUGUAUUUGGUUUUUCCUGAAGAUCGACCUCUGGCAUCAGGAGGCUUGAGCAAGGAGAAGAGUGGAUGAUGAAGGAAAGAGACAAGGAAAGAAAGAGAAGUGUGCACAAAGAAACUUGUAUUAUUAUUAAUUAGCACCUAGCUUGUUUGUGUCUGAUACACCACCAAGUAGUAAUUGUUGAAAAAACGAAGAAGAAAAAAAAAAAAAAAACCAAACAGUGGGUACUCAAAUAAGAUAGGAGAAAAAUGAGAGAACAGACCCAGUUCUCGACCCUUGCUUCUCAAGGUCCUCCCACCAGGCUGCCAAAGCAAGAUGGUGUUGCUCUGAUCCAGUCAGUAUUCUUUUGACUUUUUUUUUUAAUCUCCAGGUUUUGGUUCAGGCUCCCAUAUUCAUACCCUGGCUCAUUUAGCUUUCCCUCAUGUUGUGGGUUCUUCUGUCCCUCACCCCCUUACUCUCCCCACUGAUAUUCUUCCCAGUCAAGACUGUGGCUCUGGAAGAAAUAUCCACCAUUUGCAGAGCUGAUGUUCUGUAGAUCGUAAUGUUGAAGCGCUGGGUGUCCUGGUUGGCAGAAUCACUCCUGUAUUACUCUGGUACAUAGGUGUCUCCUGAUAGACUCCCUGGCCUUAGUCAUGGGGUGUUUUCUAGAGGCAGACUAAGACAGGAGUCAAAAAAGAUUUAGAGGAAGGAGCUGAGGAAAGAAAGACAGUUGUGGGAGGAAAAUCAAGUUCUACUCAGGAUCCCGAGUGUUUCUGUAGAUGUAGAUUGGAAUGUGUCCAUAACAGAGAGGCCAGUGAGAGACAUCCCCAAGGACCUGCCAGGCUUUCCUUCGCUCCAGGAAGAUGCACCAUCACUCAAAAGGGGUUUCCUAGAAAGAAAGACAAGUGACUUAAAAAAUCUGCCAGUGGGUUCUUGAAGUCAUCGAACCUAGGAGGUAGAAAGCUCACGGGGGUCAUGUUAUCGAAGGGAGGUGAGGUUCAGUCAGGCUAACUAUUAGGGAGAAUGUCAAAGGAGGCUACAGAAAUGGGAUUCUGGCUGUGGGGCAUUAAAGGCUAUCAAGUCAACAGGUAAGAGUGGAGUGGCUCAGCAGCUUCUCUGGCGCUGAAAGUGGUGUCUCUUAACAGUUAAUUCCCUUCCCUUUUCCAUCACAGAAGGAAUCAUUCCAGCCCUCCCUGGGAUUAUGGUCCCCCAGUGACCAUGUUCCUCUGCUGGAUUUUUGAUCAGUUUAGAAGGAAAAAAACACUUGGGUUCGGUGGUAUUUGCUUAUGACCUUAGCACUUUGGAGCUGAGAAGAGGAUUGCCAUAGUUUCCAGACCAGUCUGGUUUACAUAGUGAGUUCUAGGGCUGCGUAAUGAGAUGUCUCAAGAAUGGAGAGGGGCGUUAGGGAGAACUUACUUAGCUCUUCAAGAAACUGUCCUGUAAACAAAGAGAAAUGAGUCGAUGGGUGACCAGUGGGAGCCUCCCCCCCACCUCCUCAGACAACCCUUCUUUUCCAUUAAGGGGCCUGUGCAUCUCAGUAAGUGGUCCUCAGUUUUCCUGAGGAUUCUGAUGGUGAGAGUAGAGAGAGCAAAAAGAUUCUCAGCCCUGGGAUCUAGAACCUUGGUUCCACUCUUUUCCCGUUCUGGUCUGCCUGAGCUCCCCCCCCUCCCCCCCCCCCCGCCCCACAGUGGUCCUGUUUGCUGCCCAGACAUUGCACCUGCCAGUCUUCGGUGCAGCCAGUUGUAGCAGAUGAUCAAAGCAACCAGGGGUCCAAGAACAGGGACAAUAACAAACAGUGUUAUCUUCCAGCAGGGCACUCUCAGGAAGUGAGGAUCUGAAUGGUAAAGCAGAACAGAGUGUUUCCCUCUAUGCCACAGCCGCUCAUGCCACACCCACUUGAAGCCUCCAAAGCCAGGACAAGCUGUAGAGUCCAUGAAUGUAGAUGAGGUACAUUGUGCGCCUUGCUUUUACUUCCUUUAGCUUCUGAUUGAAUUUAGCUGUAUCUUUUUAACCGAUUUAUCGUAGAAGACAAUGGGUGGUGUGACCCUUUCAUGCUUUGUUGAUCUUCAGCCACACGCUGUCCCUCCCUCGCCCCCACUUCUAGCAUUUGUGUGUGUGCGCGUGUUUUUUGAAGAGGGGUUCUUGCUUGUACAAUCCCUGGCUGGCCUUGAACUUGAGAAGUCCUCCUGCCUCCGCCUUCCAGGUGCUGGGAUUACAAGUUGUCAACCCUGCUUUCACUAAUGUUUCCUUUUUAUUAAAGAUUUAUUUAUUAUUUA